GCACAAAGCAUAUAAAGUCAAUAAGCUUUGACAUUCUAGAAUACUACAUAUUUCUUCUCUUGAUAAGAAAACUUGCGUUAAAAUAUUAAUUCACUGCGAGGAUAAUACUUCACCUUAUUCCCUGUGGUACGUCAUUUAUCGGCACAGUACAAAGCAACGAAGAACAGACGUCUCAAUCGAGUUAUUUAGGGACGUGGUAAAUUGCAUGUGUUGGUCAGAGAAGACAAAUUGGCGUUUUACAUUUACCGCUGUGUAUUUGAAUGAGGGUCGAUAGAGGCUGUUGAAGAUUUUAAAAACAAGUAACUGAGAGAUACUUGAACAAAAUGACUGCUUUCUUACCUCCAAACUUGCUGGCUCUUUUUGCUGCCAGGGAUCCUGUCCCAUACUUACCACCGGCGGACAAAUUGGGUUUCGAAAAGAAGAGGUUAAGUUAUGGUGGAGUUGCACAGUUUCUUAAUGAGUUUGAGGACCCUAAAGAUACACCCCCUCCUACAAGAGUGGAAACAAAGGAUGAAAGAAAAGAAAGAAAAAGAAAAGAAAGAGCAGAACAGAUUGCCUACAAACUUGAACAAGACCUGGCUUUGUGGGAUCCAAACAACAAUACAAAUGGUACAAGAGAUCCAUACAAGACAUUAUUUAUAGCAAGAAUAAAUUUUGACACCAGUGAAUCUAAAUUAAGAAGAGAAUUUGAAGUGUAUGGACCUGUUAGAAAGAUUUCCCUAUUAUUUGACAACGUAUCCACAAAACCAAGAGGAUAUGCAUUUAUUGAGUAUGAACAUGAAAGGGAUAUGCAUGCUGCCUACAAACAUGCUGAUGGCAAAAAGAUUGAUGGUAGACGUGUUUUGGUCGAUGUUGAGCGUGGGCGUACAGUAAAAGGUUGGAGGCCUAGACGACUUGGUGGUGGCUUAGGAGGCACAAGGAAGGGUGGACCAGAUGAGAAUACCAGGUUUUCUGGAAGGGAUGACUUCAGGUCUGACAGGGAAGGAGGAAGAGGAAGGGACGAAUCUCCACAUAGAGAAGGAGAGAGAGAACGAGGUACAGUUCCAGAACGAGGUGGAGGAGAGAGAACCAUUGAGAGAGACAGAGGUGGAGAUAGAGGUGGUGGUGGUGACAGGAGACGUAGGAGUAGGAGUAGAGAUAGGAAGAGGAGUAGGAGCAGGGAAAGACCAAGGAGUAGGAGUAAAGAAAGAGGAGGAGACAGGGAUGAGGACAGGAAGAGAGGUAGAAGAAGCAGAUCUAGAGAAAGAGGAGGCGGAGGAGGAGAAUCUAGAGAUAGAGGAGGUGACAGAGGAGGGGACAGAGCAGGAGAUAGAGAUCGUAAGAGGAGUAGAUCAAGGGAACGGAAAAGGACCAGGAGAAGUAGGUCAAGAGAUCGUAGCAGGAGAUCAAGGUCAAGAGAAAGGAAGACAGAAGAAGGAGAGGAAGCACCACAGGAAGAUUAUGAGGACGUUCAGGUCAAACAGGAAAAAUUUGAUCCAGGCUACGAUCAGUUUGCUAAUGAACAAAAUGGUGGAGGAUUCCAAGCAAAUAUUGAAGACUAUUAGAUUACCAACCAUUCAUUUGAAAAUGUCUGGGUUUUUUUUUAACAAUAUUGUGAUAUCUAGUAGUCUCUUCUGUAACUUAAACAAAAUUAUCAAAUUGACAAAUUUUGUAAAUGUAUUAAAAAAGAUUCAAAACUUGGAAGUUGUUUGUUAAAACUGUUUAAUAUAAGGGUUUGAAGUGUAUUUUAAGAAGAUAGGCAUAUACAAAGUGGUCUAAAAAAUGGAAAAUUUAGAUAUUAAUAUUUUCACAAAAUUUUGAUAUUUUUUUCCAUAGUCAUAGAUGUUGUAAGUUUGUGUCACACCAAAUUUAUAAUUUUAAAGUUUUAGAAGUGCUUCAUCAUAUUUUUUGUUCAUAUGAUUGAAAACACAGUUGUAAAUGAAAGUUUACAUCAUUCCCUCAUAUCGAUACAUCUUUUUGUCAUUGUCAUUUUAAUGGGUUGACCAUUUCACAUGCAUUCCUAGAAUAAGAAAGAUCUGAACAAUUCUCAAAUGUAAAAUUAUCAUUUAUAUAUGAAUUAAAUUCUUAGCUUUCAAAAUUAUACCAUUUUCAGAUGAAAACUGAAAUAUUUAAAGCUUCAUCUUUAAUAUUUCAAGAUUUAAAAGUUGAUCAACAUUUAGAAAUUAAAAAAAUUGUGAAUUUUGAUGUCAUCGAUUGAAGAAAAAAUAUUUUGGCCCAAGAUGUGUAUACUGAUAUGUAAAUUAAUUUACCAUUAUAUAUAUAUGUAUUUUAUGAUUUUAGAACUGUACAGUUUUAUUUUAUACAUCUGAAGGUUUUCCUGUCUAAGUCAAUCGGAGUUACUUCCCUGCAUUAAUCAUCCAUUUUUGUCAUCAUGCUACACUUUUUGUGUUCGAUUUAAUUCCUCAGAAUUAUGUUGAUUGUCAUAAAGUGAGGAUUUGUUGUCAAUAAAAUAAUUAAAUCAUUA